AUGUCCAAAAAUUUUUUUUUACAAAUACAAAAAAUCCCGAAGAAGUUAACAAAGCAAGUAAAGGAAGAAGAGAAGAACGAAAGAAAAAAGUAUUAUGCAGUUGAAGACAUACAUGUAGCAGGCCUCGGAGGAAGUAUAAAAUGUAGGUUGAACGGCGCCGAGGAUGCGCGUGAAAUACGUGAACAAAUAUUUAUAUCAUAUAUGGCACAAGACAAAAUUACAAAUGUCAGACGCGGGUACGCCCGCAUUGAAGCUAUACGAGCGGCGCGAGGAGAAGCCUUAACCAUGCCGGAGCCCGGUGCUCCGCCCCCGGACAGAUACAACUCUGUAUACUUGACGCUGUUUGUUGCAGGAGCUGCUUUUUUACUGCCAUUUAAUAGUUUCAUAAUGGCCGUGGACUACUUCCAACAUCACUAUCCGAAAUCUGCGAUCAUGUUCGACAUGUCGACGGUGUAUAUCGUAUCGGCAUGCGUCGCUGUCAUUACUAACAACCUACUUCUUGACCUAUUUACUUACAAUACCAGGAUAACUUUUGGAAUACUACUUUCUCUGGCAACGAUGCUCUUCGUGGCGUUGUGCAACAUCGGCUGGGACGGCUUCUCCUUAAGUGUAUCAUAUACAAUCAACUUAGUCGCUAUAGGGGUCGUUGCUUUUGGGUGUACUGUGCAGCAAGCCUCGUAUUACGGCUUCACUGGAUGCCUUCCACCUCGAUACACACAAGCUGUAAUGGCGGGAGAAAGCGCGGCUGGUUUCUGGGUGUCCAUAGAUAGAAUAGUUACUAAAUAUGGAUUCAGUCAGCCAAAACGCAGUACAUUUAUGUUUUUCGUGUUUUCCAUUCUGAUAUUGCUUGGGCACUCUAUGUUGCACCAUGUGAUGAUGCGGCAUCCUCUCGUACAACAUUACUUACGUCUAACUAAUGAAUCUCGACAUCGACGACGUAUACAGCUCCAUUUGAAUCCGACUGAAGAUGCUACUCUGAUGGAGAGCGAGGCCGGUGAAGCUAGUUACGGUGUACUGAAGCUUCAAAGUCCAGCACCAUCUACAGGAGUAGGUGAAGCAGAGAAUACCUUUAGUUUCGCAAACCCUGUCUACUCACCCACGGCUCCUGCACCUGUGCCUCUAGUGUCACCCCCAAGCGUAUCCGAGCAAUCUACUUCACCAUUGGCAACUCUAAGAACACCAAGGCCCUCUUACAAAGUGGAAGAUGUGGUUUUCGAGGCGCCUGAAAGACCAACGUCUUGGAGGAACUUCAAACGUGGUGUCCUGGCACGAUGGGCUGUAGCUCGCGCUAUUUAUCCUUAUAUGGUCUCCAUAGGACUGGUUUACUUUACUACACUUAGCUUGUACCCAGGAAUUGCGUCUGAAGUGCCAUCAUGCCGAUUAGGAUCAUGGAUGCCUAUUAUACUAAUGUCAUCGUUCAAUCUGUUCGAUUUUAUUGGAAAAAUAACAGCGGCCUGGCCAUACGAGUGGAGUCGCAGUCAACUGUUGAUGGCUAGUGGCCUCCGUCUGCUGUUGGUUCCUCUUUUACUGCUGUGCGCGGCUCCGAGGCAUUCACCACAUAUAGUUGGCGAUGUUUAUCCCAUCAUGUUUUCUGUAGUUUUGGGCUUUACAAAUGGACUAUUCGGCUCAGUACCUAUGAUUAUGGCUCCAUCGCGUGUUGGAAGGGAACAUCGGGAAAUUGCAGGGAAUAUGAUGACAUUAUCCUACAACGGAGGGCUGCUCUCAGGGUCUCUCGUAUCCUACCUUUUACUUGGCAUGCUCGGGCCUCCCGCCGAGACCUGCCGCGUCUACCCCACGCCGGUGCUACCAACAAUACCACCAAUCCCACCGAACUCUGGCAAUGGCACAUUUGUUUCGACAGCUGUACAU